AUGACUGCGAAGAAAACUCCUAGUACCAAGAAACGGCGUUUCGUGGAAGAAUUGCAUGCUCCGGCGAGAAGAAAUUUUCCCCGAAGACGCGUCAUAGUACCUGGGUACGACGACUUAUGGCAAGCGGACGUGGUCGAGAUGCGACCUUACGCGCGGUAUAACAGAGGCUUCCAUUACAUACUCACUGUUACCGAUGUGCUGAUGAUGAAAGCGUCAGUCGUCGAGCAGUUCAGUCAUACACUCAAAAACGACAUGUGGAAACUGUUUACGCUUAAUGGAAGUUAUAAAUGGAUCGACUCGAUGCAGCAACUCAUAUCAAAUUACAACGCGCGUAAGCAUCGAACUAUCGGCAUGCGACCAAUUGACGUUACACCAACAAACGCCUCGAAGCUCUUAACAACAACAACAGUAUAUAAUCACGUAAAGAUUGCCGCUCCCGCACGAUUCAGAGUGGGAGAUACGGUACGUGUGAGCAAAUUCAAAACAAUUUUUGAAAAAGGUUACACACCUAAUUGGGGAACUGAAAUAUUUACGAUCGCCGAGGUUCAGAAAACUAAUCCCGCAACGUAUCUGCUGAAAGAUGUUUAUGGAAAACCAAUUGCUGGAGGAUUCUACGAACACGAGUUGCAACGCGUUGCCGACGCUGAUGUGUACCUUGUGAAAAAAGUGUUACGUCGGAAAGGGAAUAAGGUGUACGUGAAAUGGUUAGGAUUGAAUAGUGCACACAAUUCAUGGAUAAAUAAAGAUAAUGUAUUGUAA